CUCAUCGUUUACCUAUCACCCCAGUUCUGCUCAUAUCAACUCUGCUUCCCUCCAUCUCAUCAACCCUGUUCGCAUCAGCUCCAAUCAAACUCCCAUCUCUCUUUUGAACAAACCCAUCACACUACCAAAAUGCUAGGUAGCAGCCAGACCCACAGUGUCUCGAUGGACCAUGUCCAGUCGAAGUCUCUGAAGAAAGAGCAUCAUGCCCAGUCCAAACUCCACGGUUGCUCCCUCCUCGGCAUCGCCUGGCCAACCACGGAUGCCAGCUCCAGAGAUAGGCCCAUGCCAACUGUGUAUGCCUGCCUGGGGGGCACGACGAUCAAUGACGGCUCUAGCAACCCAAAGUCGGCAAGAAAAAAGCUCUUCGAGAAAAUUGCGUCCGCUAUCGACGGCCAACUUUCCGACCUUAACGCCAACCCGGUGGAUAUCACCUACGUCUAUGCGACCAUCUUCUCCCGCACGGAAGGCUGGGUCGAACAGCAUCCGCAAGCGAACGCCGUCGUGCGGGACUUCAUCAAGGGCCAUUUCCGGAGCCGCAACCGUCAGGUGAAUGUCCGCUCUGUUCCGUACCGGAACACCAACACCGCAGCUGGCGUGACCGUUUCGUACUAUCCGCACUACUACAACGAUCGGAAGGGCCCGGUUUCCAUCUAAGGUUAGGCUCUAGCCACCACAGCGACAAAGGGACUCGGCUGCUGGCAGUGGGUAUCGUGGUAGGGAUUGCUGUGCGCAGCGGCCCGAAGGGACUGCCCGGGAGGCAUCCCAGCCAAUCAUUAGCAUAGAUAGUACAUAGUCAC